ACAAAAGCAAAACUAAACGAGGCGUCCCUACGUGCUUCCUUGCAGUUUCUGACGGUUAAUUCAUGAAAAGGUACCAUAACACUACAAUAAUUAUAAAUAUGUAAUCAAAAACAGAAUCACAAGAAAAUAAACAUCGUUUCUUAAAAGUUCAAACAGAUCACACCAUGAACCUUUCCUCUAACGACCAACCAAGCCAAGGCCGUAUCAAGGCCAAGGAUUGGUCGACUGAUUUGUGUGAAUGUUGGAUGGACAUAAACUCAUGCUGCUUGACUUGUUGGUGCCCUUGUGUUGCCUUUGGACGCAUCGCGGAGGUUGUAGACAGAGGUUCCACAUCGUGUGGUGUGAGCGGAGCGAUGUACAUGAUCAUAUUCAUGUUGACCGGGUAUGGAGGAAGCAGUCUCUACUCUUGCUUUUACCGAACCAAACUUAGAGCCCAAUACAAUCUCAAGGAGAGACCUUGUUGUGACUGUUGUGUCCACUUUUGUUGCGAGCCAUGCGCUCUUUGUCAAGAGUAUAGGCAACUUCAACACAACCGCGAUUUGGACUUGGUCAUCGGGUGGCAUGGGAAUAUGGAACGACAUGCACGACUUGCUGCCUCUACACCUUCGGCUCCUCCACUUCAAGCACCCAUGUCUAGAUUGGUUUAACAAUGAGUUACAUAUAUCUCGAUAAACUAUGCAUAUCUAUUUUAGUUGUUUUGAUAUCGUACGUGAUGUAAUUUGUAUUCCUUUACAUUUGUCACUCAUCUG